GCGGCGGCGGCGGCUGCCCCGAGCGCCGGCCGGGGCGGAGCGGGGCUCCAGCGCGCUACCCGGCCCGGGCCAGGACCCCCGCUGCUCUCUUGAAGGCUUGUCGCCGCGGCCCCUCGAGCCCGGCCGCCGCCGCCAGCGGCGCCGGGGCGGGCCCCACGGUGAGCCCACCAGGAAGCGAUGAGGACACAGAGGCUUGUAAAGAUAAAGUGACUGAUCCAAGGUCACGCACGGGCCGGCUGCAGAGGCACCGACAUGGGGCUGAAGCUGACCUGCCUGAAAGAAAAAUUGGAGAAGAUUCGGGAUCAUGAACGAAAGGAAGAAACUUUUACCCCUAUGCCCAGCCUUUACUACAUGGAGCUCACCAAACUCCUGUUAAAUCAUGCUUCAGACAACAUCCCGAAAGCAGAUGAGAUCCGGACCCUGAUCAAGGACGUGUGGGACACACGCACAGCCAAGCUCCGGGUGUCCGCUGACAGCUUUGUGAGACAGCAGGAGGCACACGCCAAGCUGGAUAACUUGACCUUGAUGGAGAUCAACACCAGUGGGGCUUUCCUCACACAAGCGCUCAAUCACAUGUACAAACUCCGCACGAACCUGCAACCUUCUGACAGCGCCCAGUCUCAGGACUUGUAGGCAGAGACUGGUUUGUAGAGGCCCGUGUCUGCCGGCAGGAGGCUCACCGGGUGGCCUGCGUGCUCGGGACGUGACAGAGGUACUCACAUUUCCAGAGUUCUAGAACCACUUCUGAAUGUACGCAGAAAAGUGCAGUGAAGCAAGGGAUGGGUUUAUAACCUUGUUGGAAAGCAACAGGCUUGUGCUUAGUCCUCGAGACAUUCUGUAAUUCUACGUCUGUAUCUGGGAGCCAGCUGUCCUUUCAUGGGGGAAUGAGAAAAGCAUUCGCAGAACGAAUGAUUUCCCUAGCAGAGCUCCGGGUCUCCUGCACGGGACUGUCGUGUGCAGGUGGGUGUUCAGUGACGUCCAGUGUUGCUUUUAAGAUGGAGAUAUAGCAGGAUGGUAACGUGGCCGUGGCCAUUUUUCUCCCUUCUUGACCCUGAUCUCUUGGGCUAAAUGUAGAGUCUGCUACAGAGGCUAUUCACACACAGGACAGCAGAUGAGUGGCGAGUGACAACCACCCAUAUUUAUCAUCUAAGCCCUGAUACACAAUAAAGAUGGAAUCAACCCAAGUCUUUGUUGGGUUUUGUUCCUGCAUAACUGCCAUGCAAAGGAGCAGGCCAAGUGGCUAGAAUGACCUGAUGGACCAAACUUGAGAGGUUUAGCAGGCAACUGUGCACUUCCGACCGACACUCUGGGUAUCUCUCGUUCUCUUGGCUGCUUCUGGGUAAGGCCCUAAAGGGUUGCUUAUCAGCAAGAGGAAAGUCGGGGGGAAAUGAGUUCGGUUAUCGAGUGUGUGAGUGAAGCUGAAGACACGAUGCCAGGGGGAAAAGUGGGGCCUGUGACGUGGUUCUUGAUGGACUGAGGGGAAGACAGUUCUAGGCAGCAGUGGCUCAGGUAACGGUAUUGGCUUUUUUCCCUAGGAGGAAAAGUUUCAGCGCUAGCAUGGCUCAGUCCCUUACAGAAAGUACAUUACCUCGGGCGGGAAAUGAUCCUCUAGGCCUGUAAUGAGUAGGUUCAGUAACCAGCUGGUUUCCAGUGGUAGCGCCGUCAGUCAAAAGCAGUCACAUGCCAUCUCGAGGGUUAUGAAGGGUGUACGUGCGUGAUCAACUGGGCCUAAAGAAUAUCUGCUGGUGUUUUUACCCUUCAGUGUUUAAAAUACAAACUUACUUCAGGUUACUCGAGCACUAUUCCUCCGUCCCAGAUGGGUACCCAGCUGUCCCUCUCACAAGCAGCUAUUGUUUAAGCACUGAAGGGCCGCACAUGGAGGGAUGAGGACCCAGAAGACCUGGUCUCCAUCACUUAAGAGAUGACAGGACUUGGUCUUUUCAUCUCUCUCUUUCGCAGAAUCCUUCAGAUUUAAUCUGGGGAAUCUUGUAGAAUGAAACCACACGUUACUGUGGCGGUUCAGGAGUCCUGUUUAUGUCAGAUCUCACCGUGAAUCCCCUUCUCUUAAAACCUGGCUGAGGCACAGAUGAAUCUGUCUUCACACUUUACCUGUAAAGCUGUGUAAUCGUUGAGCUCUUAUUUUUAUUUUUUGGCCUUAUUAUAACAUAGAAAAGAUUAUUCUCUUAAGAUGAUUUAGGAAGAUUUUAUUUUUUGGAUGUUGUCAGAAAUUACAGCAAUAUAUUCAUAAAUACCUAAUUACUACAUUCAACAAAUAAUAUUACAAUACAGUUAAUUCAAACAAGUACACUUAGAACAGGUUUAAUUUCACAGCAUCUAAAUUGCCCCCCAGAGUGACCGAGGCACCGUUCCUCCUCCCUCCAUGUACUGGUUGACUGUUCUAGCAGUUAAGCACAGGUACAUACAAAGUAACACGACCGAUUGAUUAGCGUGGUCUUCCUCGGGUCAAGGCAGAGUUAAGGAGUUAGGGUUAAGCGCUGGAUCAGAAAGUUGGGGACAGGCUACUGCAAGUAGUAAAGUCGAUAGUGUGCUUACUUGGGAGAGGACAGGGCUGCUGCGAAGUGGCUAAUCCACGCUGCACGAUGAACAGCAUCGCGGUGCUGACCAUCUCCAUCUGGUGGCAGGUCCCUGGAACUUGCUACACUUUAAGCCGUGGCCCAGAGGGAAAGGCGGGUAUGCAAUCUAAUUUUGGAGAUGUGACAGCAUUGUGAGCUACUUGACGAAACGUCAUCCCACAUACAAACUUAAGAUUUCCUGUUAGAAUACUUUAAUGCUUCGCUACUUUGCUGAAGGUGUGGGCUCCUUUUAAUAUUCUUUGAGUUUCCCUGAGGGUGUAUAAUCUAUUAGCAUGUUAAUGCCAAUUAAGUGUUUUGUUUCCUUUAGAAUAUAGACUACGCUUUUGAAGAGCGUAUCUUGGUCACUUAUCUGAGAUAAUGGAUUAAGAUUAUGAUAUUUCAUGUCAGUUUGGCUUGUUUCUACCUGUGGCGCCAAGUUUGGGGGAAAGCUCUGGGUUGCUAAUGAUGUGAUUAAAUGCAGAACCACACGACUCACUUUUGGAAGGGAUCCCGCACAGGUUUAGCGAAACCCCCUUCAGAGGGCAGACGGCAGCCGUCUCUCCCAGGUGCCAUGGGAAGACACAGGUCGUGAAGGACUGUUCACAAAAAUACUGACACAGAAGUUCCAUGAUCAGUUCUAGAGCAAAUGUGGUGUACUUCUGAACUUUGUCUUUCAAACUCAAUGUAAAACAGCUGAACAAAAAGCUUCAGGGAUUCCAUAUUUCUCUGUUUCUCUGUCAGUUUUUAAGCCCAAACUGAAAAGAGGCUCUGAUGCUACCAUGCUCUUUCAGAAUAAGUGUUUUCAGAUUAUAAAACUAAUUAUUGAAUGGAACAAAAAAACCCCCAAGAUUGGGUACUAUGUCUCUGGUGCACUUUCGUUACCUUUUUCUUAGUUUAUUCAUGUUGCCUUAUGGGUUUGUAGUUAUAUUCUGAUUGAUUGUCCUAUUACUUCUUGAGCCUUAGAAUAUUCAGAGACCCUCACAGGUAGGUGGGAGUAUGGGGAAGCAGAGUGAUGGAGCAGCUCAGAGGCGGGGCAGGGGGAAGGCAGUUAGUUCUAGCUCAGUGACACAGCCGCACCCCUGGGCAGGCAUCCCUUUAACCUCAUGCCGCAUCCUCCUCCCCAAAAGCAACGAAACACCAGCAGACACAGGCGCUCCCCUCAGGUGGUAACAGGAUGGGGCUGUGCAAGUUAUCAGAUCUACUUUUCCCUUUGCUUUUUGGCCAGGACCCUUACCAGAGCCGAGGAGCAAAGGCAUCCAGACAUUUUCUACUACGGAGGAAGGAGGACUGGGGGGAAGUGUUAAGAUGUAACCCUUAGGCCUUCAGAGACAGCAAGCAGAUUUUAUAGGUAGAGAAAUUCAGUGACGUUUUGCCCUGAUCGUUGGCAGUGGGGCUCCCUCUCAACACCUGUCGCCACCUGUGGCACAUGGCGCUCUCUGUGGCUUUGCAGGGGAGGAGGCCCCCAGAAGAGCCCUUACUUCUCGUCAAGUCGUUUCUGUAGAGAGAAAAGCACUUGCUGACUGCUGAUAAUACUGGCGGCACUUUUUGUCUGAGUUUGCUAAUAACGAAGAUUCUUGGCAGACAUACAAAGCAAACUGUGUGGGAACAUAUAAAGUGACACAAUGCCAUCUGCCAGCAAGCUGUUCCGCGCAGCUAAGGUCUGGGGGCCGAGGGCGUGGCCACUGAUCACAGUGAGUAGCCUUCCUGAAGGUCAGCCAGCCCUUCCCCGGGCCCAGGGCGUGAUGCUCGGGUCCCCUCCCCUCCCCUCCCCUCCCCCAGGCAGACCAGCCACUGGCUGCUUUGGCCUCUGGUUCAGGCCCAUUUGGGCAAGAGAUGCCUUACUGAUCUAGUUUUCACACUGCCUGAACCCGCAAUAACUGGGGCAAGAAGGGAGGGCUCCUCCCAUGCUUCGCAAUGAAACGAUCAUCCCCGUUCCUAGCCGCUCCUGUGGUUGGCACAGUCAGUCAGUCAGUCCAAGAAGAGAAAUUCUGCGCAGACAUUGUUCACCCUACUUUCAGGCUGGUACAAAGCUUUGCACCUAAAUAAAUAAACCCUAUACAGUUUCUACUUUGCACCUGCGCAGCCUGCUAUAAAGACACCUCGGCGUCCUGUCCCAGCAGCCGCUCCCUUCCUCAAAGGCUCUUUUAACGAAACCCGUGUGCGCCUGCGCGCGUGAAGGUGCACACACAGCGUCCACCUGGCUGCCACUGGAGCCCGCCCCUCCUCGCUCCGUAGCAUGGGUUGUGGUGAACUGGCUGCCGUCCGGAGCAGGGGAGGGGCGCAGGAGGAGGUAAGACGUAACCAUGGCUUUCUACAUCACUCUGGUGCAACUCAAAAAUGAAGUGAUCGCAUAGGCGCCAGUGGUAAGCUCUUUUACUUUUCUUCUUCUUUAAUUUUUUUAAAAACACUUCAAUAUCUUAAUGUCCUGACCAGCAGCAGUACAAACACUAAAAGCAAGGUUUUUUUUUUUUUUUGCCCAGAAAAACAAAACAAAAAACAAACAAAACCC